GGUGACCCACUCUUGGUGUAUAAAACACGGAUAGAGAGCAAUACCCGUACUAGGUGUCUCUGUAACAAUACUGUGUUUAUUUGACAGUUUGAAGAAAAGCGGGCUAACAGCUAAACUUAAAACCUGCCUUUGUAAUACCUAUACAUACAUAACUAUAUAUAUAUAUAUAUUCAUUCAUAUAUAUAUAUAUAUAUAUGAGUGUACAAAUACACAUUCAUUUUUAAUAAAGUCAUAUGGUGCAAAACUUUUUUCAGGAAAUAAAGUAAGAAGAAGAUGGGCUGUUUCUGGCUGCUAUUUCUAGGAUCAAAUAACUCCCUGUCAACUGUAAAGCUACGGAAUGGACAAAAACCAAAGAGUGUGACCCCUGACUGACCAGAAGCAGGCCUGCCUCCAACCAGUCCAAUCCAGUCCAGACAAGACAUCUGAACAAUCCUUUUAUUUAUUAAUCUAUUUAUCUGUCUAUUUACCCGCCCGCUUAAAUAUCUACAUUUAUAUUUAUCUAUAUAUCUAUAUUUAUCUACAUUCUAUAUAUACAUAUAUAUAUAUAUACAUAUAUCUACCCAAUGGCUGUACAAUUCUCAAACAGGACCCUAUUGUCCACCACUGACCAAAACAACCACCGAUACUGGGCCGAGUUUGAAUACAAACCAGUGAAGGAAGGAAGCAGCAUGUACGUCUUCAAGGGUCGACUCAACGGCGAUGGCCCCAGAUCGGGAGAAUACUGUGCUGUUAAGAUGUUCCGCAAGUUCGUUGCGGAACCCUCCGACUGGAACCAAUAUGUGGCAAAGGCAAACAUGGUGAACAUCUUGGCGGAGAAAUUCAACAACAAGCUGAAAGGCCAGUAUAAAGUACAGUUCUUGAUUCCGAUUUUGGCACACCUUGACACGGUAUCUACCUGUACCGGUUGUCUUUACUGGUGCUCUGACAUCAAGGCCAUCGACACAGACGAUUGCGUGGUCAUUGAACCGUAUUUACGCCACGGUUUUCGAAAGUUUUAUCGCAACAGUCCAUUAAAAGGGGCUGAAAAUGCUUACAUCUUGCAGGCCUUUAGUCAUUUUACUGCUUGUGAAACUUGCGAUACCUUGGUCUGUGGCCUCCAAGGUAUCGCACACGAGAACGAGUUCAAACUGACCAAUCCCAUCAUACACUCGUCUGACAAGCAGUGGGGGUCAACGGAUAGAGGUCGGUCGGGCAUAAAGAGUUUUUUUAGGAAUCACUCGUGCAAUCGGAUCUGUAAAACUUUGAACUUGCCGUUUCUGCUGGAGACGAAUGAAAUCAACGACAGCGUGUCGACGAUAAAUAACGGUGAAGACGAAGAGGCCGCGGAAGAGGAUGACGUGAAAAAUUCCGGUGAAACGAGGAAAACGAAAAUGAGAGACGCAAACGUUGGGACCGAUUCUGAUAACUUUGGUGAAGAGACACUCGUGAAAGAAUUAGCUGAAACAACGAAAAAAGAUAACGAGAGUGAUGGUAAUGACAGAGAAGGGAAACAAGAUCAAGAGGAUGAGGGCAAGGAAGAUAAAAAGGCUGUGGGUGGGAAGAAAUUGGAUGAGAACACUGAAGAAGAUGCAGAACAUAAGGAAGAAGGGAUAGACGCGAAUGUGGAAAAGAAGCCAGGGGAAAUUGCUGAAAAGAGCAGGGAAAAGAAGGCAGAGAGCAAAAUUGAUAAAAGUGUGGAAACUGAGCCAUUUAACAAGGUGGAAGACCUGGCUGAUUUUGGUGGAAGAAAUGAAUCUGUGAUGGGUGAGAAAAACCUCCCGGUUGUAAACGAGGGAGUCCAGGCCACUGUAAAUGCACGAGUUGAGCCCAGUGUUAGUCCAAGAAUAACAGCUGGGGUGUUUGUGGAACAGGGCCCUCUUUUAAGGGUGGAAAGUGAACCCGGCAUGUAUCUGGAAGAGGGCCCAUCAGUAAGCGCCGCCGACGGAAUUGGUAAAAGUGUGGAAGUAGAUACAAAUAAAGUUGAUGAAAUUGUACAGAAGAAUCUCGAGUCUGUUGGAAGCGUUACUGAGUUGGAUGUUAGAACUGACGGGGAAUCAGCUUCCUAUGUAGCUGGUACCCCUUUGAAAGUAACCCGAGGACAUACUGGAGCAGCGUCGACACCAAGCAAUGAAAUCACUGUGAUAUCUGGAUCUUUUGAUGAGAGCUUUAAGAGGAGUCCAACGUCUGACGGCCAUGACCAUCCCUACAGUAGCGAUAGCAGCAUCAACGAAAUCAACUACAACGAUUUCGGUGCUGAUAAGAAACCGUCGGAACCCAUUGCGGUUGCAGGAGGAGAAACGAGUUUCUAUGGCAAACACAAUUUGGUACCAAAUUACGAGGACGAGGAGAAUGACGAUAUGGGAAUGGAUUCAGGGCCACCACAUCACCGAGAUGAAAUUUACUUGCCGCCAAAGAUUCUGCAGACGCCACCCAGCAACCGCACUGGGCGAAUAUUCGUGGUUCCAGUCUGCCGACAGACGGGUUCCGUGAGGAGUGCUACAAGUUCUGCUUCAGUGACGCCACCGGUUCUCUUAGAAACAGUCAGCCUAAUCUGUCGGUGCCCAGCAAGUUUCCAGCCCAUAGCCAGCAGCGACGAUGUCGGUAUUGGCGUUGGAAAUAGCCCCAGUAGCAGGACCACCUCUCCUCUUCCACCUCUCUCUCCUAUAAGUACAGAUGAAAUGAAAACAGAUGGAUGGUCGGAGCAGAGUUCAGAUUUGGGCCCAUCCACAGCAGCCAAGGAUCACCCUAAUCCCCCAUUGCCCUUAUUUUCAUCAACUCCUACUCCUGUUGAACCGCCUCCCCUUCUUUCUCCUCCUCCCGCUGAAUUACCUCCCCUUCCUCCUACCCCUCAUCCUGCUGCCACUGCUAGGAACAGCAUCACCACCCCACCGUCACCUUCAACAAUGGCAUCGACGUCAGCUUUGCCCAGGUGCUUGAGGCAACUGACCAGCUGCUGCUCGCUGCGCAUGUCAAAGAAGAAGAAGAAGAAGAAGAAAAAGGAGAAAGACGAGAGCCCUGGGUCAGCGACAGAUCCUGUCCCGCUGUCACAGACUUCGGAAACCGAGGUGCCAGUGGAAACUUCCAGUUCCAAAAGCAGCGGGAAAAGACGGAGCAGGAGUUGGCGUACGGCAUGGCGCAGUCCGAAAACAAGCGGAACUUGUAGCACGUCCGACACAGAGGCAUCCAGUCCAAAGAAGCCUGCCAUGGUGUCGAUCGAAAUGAGUGCCCCAGAGGAGGGUGACGGCACCGUUUGUCCGAAGAACCCGUUCCAAAUGGUAACAGAUGGCCGCGACGAAGAAAACAAUCGCAACAACAACAACAACGAUGACGAUUAUUACGUCAACGCUUACAUCAACAACAAUAAUAAUAAUAUUAAUAAUAAUGACACUAGUGGUGUUGCUGGGAGUGAUGGUCAGUGUUAUAUUAACAACAACCGCGACCAAAACCACACCCAUCAGAUGGUUUUACAAAAGGCUUUUGUGGAAAAGGGGCAGCGGUUUACCUCGCCCCCACCACUGCUUCUUGACUCUGGACAGCCAGAGAGUAGUACCUAUUGGGAGUACCACUGUAUGAAUCCAGACGAAAGAGGAGCUGUUGGUGGCGGUGUUGGUGGUUGUAGAUGCUGUGGUGGUGCAGGUGGUAGCUGUAGUUGUUGUGGUAGCAGUGGCGAAAGGGAUUUUCCUCGGACGGUUUCCGAUAACAGGACGCCACCACAGCUGGAAACGAGCAUGAAUGGCAGCAGUAUCUCCAUGACAACAGCAGACACUGAUGCUGGCGCCGGUGAACCAAAUCAUCAUGAGUACGACACGCUUCCAAGACGGACUUUCGAUAUGGGUUUCGAGCCAAACCGUGGCGGUAUCUGCGAUACAUUACCAUGCAGGGGGGACCUUUUCACCGUCGAAGUCCACUACAAUGGUGAAGCUGUUACAGACUAUAGGUCUGACCCAGCUGCAGCAAUGUCGACGAUGACAACAGCGGUGAUGACGCCGCCAAAACUAGAAGCAAUGACAGUAGCAACGACAUCUGCAAUGCCAUUGUCAUCGUCUUUGACAGAAAUCAUAGAAAUGGUGCCGAAGGACAGCAUCGCAGACGUCGAUCCAAGGUUACCUGCUGACGGAUGCCCGCCACAGAUGCAUGACCGUGAGAGCGGUAGCGGUCAGACCCUUUCUGGAUCUGAAACGACGGGUGUAACGACAGCAGGCGGAGUAGGAAGCGUUGGCGUUGCAUUACGAGCAGAAGAGAAUGAUGAGGAGGAGGCGGUGGCAAAAGAAGAAGUAUCAAUAGUAUCACCCUCCUUGGGAUCAACCUCACAAACUGCCGGAGGAGCAAUAACAGCAGCAGAAACAAUGGAGUUAACUCAAGCUGAUAGAAUACCAACAUCUUCACAGUCACCAUUCUUAAAAUCUUCGGUAAACACUCUUAAUUCUGGAACCCCAGACACCGAAGGAACAGCUUCUGUGUUUUCAGGGUCAGUUCAAACAGGUACCGACAACGCUAGUGACGGUGCCUCGACGGCUGGUGUCAAACCCAUCACACCAAAAUGCUAUGACGAUGUUGCGUCAUCACUCGCCACUACACCAACACCGUUGUCGUCAUCAUCAUCAUCAUCGUCGUCUUCUUCAUCGACGUUAUUGUUAUUGCCCGGUAGAGGAACGUUACAAAAAGCUCGGACAGAAGUAAUGGAGAAGAUCUCAACGUCAACAGACGAUCGUUCAUCAGAGUGUCCGAGGUUGGACAUUCCGAACAUUCCACUUUUGCUUUCAGAAGAUGUCGAUGGUGAUGGUGGUGAUGGUGGUGACGGUGAUGGAAAAACUGUUGCUGGUGGUGCCGAAGAUACUGCUGACAUACCAUAUAUUGAUGAAUGCGAUUCAGAUGACAGUGUGCAACAACAACAGCAACAGCAACAACAACGUGAACAAGAUGAGCAAAGUUCUGGCAAGGCACGAAUCGAUAGUUACGCCCUUGAUCAUCACGUAUGUAAACAUCAACAGCAGUCUCUUGUGGUACCUUCCAGUGACAUAUGCAGUGAAGAUCAGCAACAACAACAACAACACCAACAAUCGCUUGAGGUACCUUUUAAUGAUGCAUACGGUGAAGAACAGCAAAAGCACCGACAAUUCCUCGAGGUACCUUACAGCGACAUAGAUAGCGAGCAACAGCAAUCUGAAGUACCUGUUGAUGUGUGUUGGCAAGAAAAGCAACAACAAUAUGAGGUACCUGUCAGUGAUACAUAUGAACAACAGCAAGACAAAGAAUCUGAGGUACCUGUUCAUAUCUAUGGUCAGGAACAGCAACAUGAGUUGCCUGUUAGUGGCACAUUUGGUCAACAACCACAGCAGCAAUGCCAGCCAUCUGAGGUACCUUUUAGUGACAUACAUGGUCAGGAUCAGCAGCAACAAACUGUGGUACUUUCUAGUGACAUAUAUAGUCAACAACAAACUGAGGUACCUUCUAGUGACAUAUACAGUCAACAACAAACUGAGGUACCUUCUAGUGGCAUAUGUAGUCAACAACAAACUGAGGCACCUUCUAGUGACAUAUAUAGUCAACAACAAACUGAGGUACCUUCUAGUGAUAUAUAUAGUCGACAACAAACUGAGGUACCGUCUAGUGGCAUAUACAGUCAACAACAAACUGAGGUACCUUCUAGUGACAUAUACAGUCAACAACAAACUGAAGUGCCUUCUAGUGACAUAUAUAGUCGCCAACAAACUGAGGUACCUUCUAGUGAAAUAUAUAGUCAACAACAAACUGAGGUACCUUCUAGUGAAAUAUAUAGUCAACAGCAAACUGAGGUACCACCUACUGAUGUACAUGGGCAACAACACUAUCAUCAAUCUGAGGUACCUUCCAGUAAUAUAUAUAGUCGGGAACAAAAUCAACAAGCUGAGGUACCAUCUACUGACAUAUAUGGCCAACAACAGCAAUAUCAACAAUCUGGGGUACCUUCUACUGACAUAUAUGGUCAACAGCAACAACAUCAGCAAUUUGAGGUACCCUCUACUGACAUAUAUGGUCAGCAAGAAUAUCAACAAUCUGAAGUACCUUCUAGUGAAAUAUAUAGUGAACAAUCUAAGGUACCUUCUACCAACAUAUAUGACCAACAACAGUAUCAACCAUCUGAGGUACCUUCUGCUGACAUACAUAGUCAACAACAGCAGUUUGAGGUACCCUCUACUGAUAUAUAUGGUCAACAACAGUACCAACAAACUGAGGAACCAUCUAGCAAUAUAUAUAGUCAACAACAGCAAUUUGAGGUACCCUCUAGCGAUAUAUAUUGUCAACAACAACAAUCUCAGAUACCUUCUAGUGACAUAUAUAGUCAGCAACAACAACAAACUGGGGUACCUUCUAGCAACAUAUAUAGUCAACGACAGCAAUUUGAGGUACCCUCUACUGACGUAUUUGGUCAACCUCAGUACCAACAAACUGAGAGACCUUCUGACAUAUAUGAUCAACAACAUCAACCAUCUGAGGUACCAUCUACUAACAUGUAUAGUCAGCAACAGCAAUUUGAGGUACCCUCUACUGAUGUAUAUCGUCAACAACAAUAUCAGCAAUCUGAGGUACCUUCUAGCAACAUAUAUAGUCAACAACAGCAAUUUGAGGUACCCCCUACUGACAUAUAUAGUCAACAACAGUACCAACAAACUGAGAGACCUUCUACUGACAUAUACGGCCAACAGCAGUAUCAACCAUCUGAGGUACCUUCCAGUGACAUAUAUAGUCAACAACAUCACCAAUUUGAGGUACCCUCUACUGACAUAUAUGGUCAACAACAGUACCAACAAACUGAGAGACCUUCUACUGACAUAUACGGCCAACAGCAGUAUCAACCAUCUGAGGUACCUUCCAGUGACAUAUAUAGUCAACAACAUCACCAAUUUGAGGUACCCUCUACUGAUGUAUGUGGUCAACAAUAUCAGCGAUCUGAGGUACCCUCUUGUGACAUAUAUGGUCAACAACAACAAUCAGCAAUACCCUUUAGUAACAUAUAUAGUCAACAAGAACAACACCAACAAACUGAGGUACCUUCUAGCAAUACAUAUAGUCAACAACAGCAAUUUGAAGUACCCUCUACUGACAUAUAUGGUCAACGGCAGUACCGACAAACUGAGGGACCUUCUACUGACUUAUAUGAUCAACAAAAAUAUCAACCAUCUGUGGUACCUUCUACUGGCAUGUAUAGUCAACAACAGCAAUAUGAGGUACCCUCUACUGACAUAUAUGGUCCACAACAAUAUCGUCAGUCUGAAGUACCCUCUAGUGAUGUAUAUUGUCAACACCAACAAACUGAGGUACCUUCUAGUGACAGCUAUGGUCUACAACAACAGCAUGAUCAGACCUGUGAUGUGUCUAAACCAGAUGUGCGACAUGUACCAACCGGUGCUUCUUGUGUUCAGCCUAGUCGUAAUACUAAACAUGUAUCUUUUGACAUACCCUCUGAUCAAUAUAACACUGAACACGGAUCACCUGAUGCACACUCUGAUCAACAUAGCAAUGAUGUUCAACAUGAAUUUCCCAUGGGGCCUUCUGAUCAAUGUGUACCAUUUCAAGUACUUGAUGACAGCCAUGGCGUUAGCUCUGAACAAUUUGUUGUGGUACCUAAUAGGAACGAUGGGUCUGGUUUUACUGUCAAUGAACAGAUACCGACUGAGAUAGCUUUUAAGGGGUCUAGUUUUGAUAAUGAACAUGUAGAGCCAGUCUCUGAUUCCCCGACAGGUGUCAAUAUGUAUAGCUCGGCAUCUCAGCAAGUAUCGUUUGAAGGCCUGGCUGUAUGUAAGUCUUACGAGAGUCAACAACAGCAAGAACAACAAUUUUACGAGGUACCAGAGAAUACAGACCGAGAUGUCGAUGCUGGCCAACGUGAUGGAAAUUUAGGGAGAAAUUACAUUGACACUCAGCAAUCCGAUUGUCCACAAACACAUUUGCUGCCAUCUGCAAAUGGGAAUUACAUGACUGAAGAACUUGUCCAAGAUGGUAAACGGUUGGAGGAUGAUAAAGCCAGCGGGGAUUCCAUUCACAAUUUAUCCAAAGAGGGUUCUGAGACUUUUCUUCCAGAACUUUCAUCAGACAUUUCUUUGAAGAAUAAUCCAGAUUUUGAAACGGUAAUCUCAGAACAGUCAUUGGAAGAAAAUCUCAGUGGCCAUUUUGAUCUUGAGAAGGAUAGUAAUGACAAUGGUGGGUGUGGUGUAGUCAGUGGUGGCAUCGGUGGUGGUGGUGGUGGUGGUGGUGUGGACUUUAUGGAGAAUUCUAUUUUCUCCCCUGAUGGUUUUGUCAAUGCUGGGUUAAACGCACCAGAUGCAACACUCGCUGCUAAUGUAUCUUCUUCUUCAGGCACUCGUUCUGCAGUAGAUUCACAGAAUCUAUUUGAUAGUGAUUUUCAAGGCCAGAGGAGUGUUGAGUCUUUAGUGGAGGACAUCUUUGAUCAUGAUUCUUCUGGUACAGCUGGAAAUAGGAAUGCAACCGCCGCUGGUGUUACGAAGACAGUCUGCUUCCAAGAAGAUUCUAAAAUACGAUACGACGAUGGUGAGAGUGACAUUUUGGAAAUCCGUCAUCCGUUUCUUGAAGUGAUUCCCGAAGAGGGUGAAAAUAUAUAUGAAGACAUUUGUGUGAUUUCAGAAGAAGAUCUGGAAGACAAACCAAGAUAUUCCAAACCUUUAUUGCUCGAACUUAAAACUGAGACUCCCAAGAUGGACAAACACUGCUUUCGUUAUAGUGACUCUACAGGAAGCAGUGCAAAUCUGUAUGAAGAAAUCAAAUUCUCUAGUUAUUCGGAUCAAGGCAUCAAAAGAUCAAUAGAUGAUGCUGUUUCAGGUACUGAUGUUACUGCUUUGCAGAAUGUUGCUACAAAACCUUCUGUCCUUCCUGCAGUGGCCAGUCUGGAGCAAACAGCAGUGCAGGCCCCAAGAUGGGAUUCACCUGAGCAGGCUGUCAAUCUUGGGGGCACAAUUCCGGAACCAAGUUCAUCGAGUUGCUCGACAGCUUAUCACAUCGCUACGGCACAGCAGCCAGUUUGGUCGGUGCUAUCUCGGCCGACACCGUCACCAGUGGCAUCCUCGUUCUCUUACAAUUUGCUCAAGGGCACAGGAACAAUGGCAGCGAUGGGUGACGAUGGACAUGAUGCGACAACAGGCAGUUCCGGUCUCAGUCACCAGGCAUCGCCCAUCGCUGUCGCCUCUGAGUCUACGCCACAACCACCAGCAGCGACACCUGGCCCUAAGUCCGACAUCAACAUCAAAGCAGAUAAACCUCUGUCCGACAGGAGACUGACCGGGCCAUACAUCGAAACAGAAAGAAGCAUUGAAAUUAAGUUCCGCAUAAAUCCAGCACCAAGCUCUGUCCCUGAUCCAAAUCUAGAAAUCGAAGAAUGCAGCGAGAUUAUAUCGGUGUGCGAGGUGAAUCGACAUCCUGAAGGAUUAGCAGGAACAAACAACCGCGGGAGGAGCGACAGCAGAAACAACAGCAGCGGCAGCAGCAGCAGCUAUGGUCGCAGUGGCAGUAAUAACGUUGAUGUCGUCAACGAGGACGAGGCGCACAGACAGAGGCAGUGCUUGGAGGCAUUAAUCAGAGAAAGUUCCAGCAGACGACUGAGUACUCAGGAGGCAUUGCAGACCCUAUUAGCACCGCACUGGUUACCACAUACUUGA